UGUCUAUAUAAAGGCAGGGCAACCUAGACGGUGGAAAUCAAAUUUCGACUCUCCUAUUUCUAUGAAACUCUGUUUCCAUUUCCAAACCAAAUACUCACCAAAUCCCUAAAUUCUUGUGCAUCCAAAACGCAGCCAAAUCCCGCGUUUCGAUUCCCCGAUCUCUCCAGAGCCGCUGCGAAUUCCGGCGAUUCUGGUGCGUGCUUUCACCGGAGGGAAUUGAAAUCCGAUCGCGGCUGUUUGAAUACAAAGAAACGAGAGUGAAUUUCGAAUCGUCAGGCACAAGAAAGGCGCAUGAGCUGGUUGGGAAAGCUGGGUUUCACAAAGAGGAAAUUGAAUUCCAAUUCUAAUCACUUCAUUACGUGUCUCUUAAUCUUCAUCCUCCAUUAUUCCCCUCAAUUGCCUCUUACUCUGCUUAAAUUCGAGAAGAAAGCCCUCGAUCCAUUAUUAUCAUUAUCCAAUCUUAAUUUUAAUCCAAAUUUUAAUCGUAAUAUCAAUUCCUCUUUGAAUCACUAUGGCGUCUGGAGCCAAGAGUAAUCCCCAAUUGCGCAGAGCCGUGUGCUAUUCAAAUGGAGACAAGAAGCAGACGUCAGGCGGAACGACGACGUCCCCAUCUGUAAUAGUGAUAGGUGGUGGUAUGGCCGGAGUUUCGGCUGCUCGUGCUCUUCACGAUGCCUCAAUUCAGGUUAUGCUGUUGGAGUCUCGGGACAGACUGGGUGGUCGAGUUUACACCGAUUACUCAUUUGGUUUCCCUAUUGACUUGGGUGCAUCAUGGUUGCACGGAGUAUGCAAAGAGAAUCCAUUGGCACCAUUGAUUGGGAGAUUGGGGUUACCCUUAUACCGUACGAGUGGGGAUAACUCUGUCUUAUAUGACCAUGACUUGGAGAGCUAUGCACUUUUUGAUAUGGAUGGGAAGCAAGUUCCUCAAGAUUUGGUCACCAAAGUUGGUGAAGUGUUUGAGAACCUUUUGAAAGAGACAGAUAAGGUAAGAGAGGAAUUUAGCGAAGACAUGUCCAUCACUCGUGCCUUUUCAAUUGUUUUUGAAAGGAACCCGGAAUUAAGGUUGGAAGGAGUUGCACAUAAGGUUCUGCAGUGGUACUUGUGCAGAAUGGAAGGUUGGUUUGCAGCAGAUGCUGAUACGAUUUCACUUAAAUGCUGGGAUCAGGAAGAACUGCUCCCUGGUGGUCAUGGCCUUAUGGUCAGGGGCUACCUCCCUGUUAUAAACACACUUGCCAAAGGUCUUGACAUCCGUUUGGGCCACAGGGUCACAAAAAUAGCAAGGCAAUAUAAUGGAGUUCAUGUAACAAUAGAAGAUGGGAGUACAUUUGUUGCAGAUGCUGCUGUUGUAGCUGUUCCUCUCGGUGUGCUUAAGGCAAAGAGCAUAUCGUUUGAGCCAAAGCUACCCAACUGGAAGGAAGAAGCCAUUGCUGACCUCGGAGUGGGAAUUGAGAAUAAAAUAGUGUUGCACUUCGAAAAGGUGUUUUGGCCAAAUGUGGAGUUUUUGGGAGUGGUUGCUGAAACAUCUUAUUGCUGCAGCUACUUUCUAAAUCUUCACAAGGCAACUGGUCAUUCUGUACUUGUUUAUAUGCCUGCAGGGCAGCUGGCUAAAGACAUAGAGAAAAUGUCUGAUGAAGAGGCUGCUAACUUUGCUUUUAUGCAACUCAAGAAGAUCCUUCCAGAUGCUUCUUCCCCGAUUCAGUAUCUUGUUUCUCGUUGGGGCAGUGAUGUUAACACGCUUGGGUCCUAUAGCUAUGACAUGGUUGGAAAACCCCAUGAUUUGUACGAGAAGCUAAGGGUCCCAGUGGAUAACCUAUUUUUUGCCGGGGAGGCAACAAGCGCGGACUUCCCAGGCUCUGUGCAUGGUGCAUUCUCUACUGGAGUGAUGGCUGCUGAAGACUGCAGGAUGCGUGUUCUGGAGCGAUAUGGGGAGUUGGAUUUAUUCGAGCCGGUCAUGGGCGAGGAGGCCAUGUCCAUCCCGCUUUUGAUCUCCCGCAUAUAACUUUAAGGCCACACCAUCCUUCAGAUAUAUGAAUGCGAGUAUUGAAGAUAUGUUCAGGUUGGGUUGGGCGACAAACAAUAUUGCCAUGUUGAUUCGGCUGUCUGGGAAAGGUCGUGGAAAAUCACCGUUUUCCCUUGAAUGAAGCAGCCAAGCACUGGUGUAUCUGUUUGUAGUCCUCAUCUGUUUGGGCUUAUCUGUAUUUGCGCAAUCAUUGGACAAUCACCAAAUGAUAUGAAUCUAGUCUAAUAAAUAGCUAGUGGAAUAUUACAAUAAAUUGUGAUAUUAGAGGUCAAUAUAUCUAGUAUUUAAUUGGUGGGCAGGACGUUACAAU